AUGUGGCCACCCGCGGGAAGGUGUGAAUGGCCACCCAUGAUGGAGGGUGAUGGGGCGCAGGGCGGAUGGCGGGGUUUUACCGUAAACUCGCGAUAUUACCGGGAUUUUUAUUCUGUGCGCGCGCGUGCGCUGGUGUGGGUGGCGGCUAUUGCGCUUCUUGCGCACGUCUGUAGCGCAGUUCGACUACAAGCGUCCCAAGCGGCAGUGCUGCAGGAGUGUGCGGUGGCGUGGAACAGAACCUUCAGCGGGUGGACGGCAGGCGGGGACUGCUGGCUAGCUGAGAAGAUCGAUGACCUCUCUAUGAAUAAUCUCUCUGGGUCCAUUCCCUCUUUCAUCUCGCGACUCUCUCAACUCUUUUACCUGAACAUUGAAGACAACAGUUUCUUCGAGCCCAUUCCCUCCACCAUCGGGGCUCUCAAGAACCUCAAAACCCUGAUGUUAGCAAAUACUGGCUUUUCAGGAACCAUCCCCUCCACCAUCUCCGGCCUCUCCGCUCUUACCGUCUUCCGAUUGUCCAACACUCACCUCAGUGGCACAAUCCCGAGUACUAUUGGUCGGCUUGCCAGCCUCGAGUACAUGACCAUCGCCAACACCAACUUGUCUGGCUCGCUGCCAGCCUCCCUUGGUGCUCUCCCCAAACUCAACAAAGUAUUCACCAAUGCAGGGGUGACAUGCGGCAGGGCUGGCAGCAGCUGUGAGAUUCAGCAGAACGCCUCCUCCUUCUUCUGCCGGGUCCUCUGCUUUGAGUUCUGUGCCUCCUGCAUCCCUCUCAACGGCCAACGCUGCCACCCUCCUCCCCCUCCUCCCUUCUCACCUCCUCUCCCUCCCAGCCUCGCUCUCAUGAGCCCCCCUCCUCCUCCUCCUCCUCCUCCUCCUCCUCCUCCUCCUCCUCCUCCUCCUCCUCUGUCUGUCAUCUCCUCUCCACUCGCCCCUCCUCCUGCUCCACCACCCUCCACCGGUUUGCCAACCUCUGCAAUCGUGGGAAUAUCUGUGGGAGCGUUUUUUCUUGUGGCUGCUGCUGUUGUGGCGGCUGCAUAUGUGCACCGGGCAGCCCAAGGAUCGAAGCUACAGCCUCUAGCUGCCACAGCAACUCGUGUCUUCAGCAGUCGCUCCUGCUGUCCCAAGUUCCCCGUGUCUCUCGUGGCACAAGCAACGGGUGGGUGGAGUGACGAUAGCAGGGUGCAGGGGCAGGGGUGGAGCAGCAGCAGCAGUGGAGGGCAGAGGUACAAGGCACUGAGUCUUGUGAAUGAGCGCCAGGUGUGGUUCGUGGUGAGGCGCAGUAACGAGGAGCUUUCCGCCAACUUCCAGAAAGAGGUGGCCAAGCUUUGGUCCAUCCGCCAUACCAACGUGCAGCAACUGCUGGGGCAUUGCUGGGAGAAGCGUGACACUGUGCUAGUGUUUGAGUGGGUGCCAGGAGGCAAUCUGCACAGCCGCCUCGUUGCAGGUACGUCCACUCGUGGUCCCUCUCCCACCGCAUUCUCCUUCACCUCUGCUCCUCUCUGCCCCCAUCCUCCUCCGGAUCACCACUUACUUCCUCCCCAAUCUGCCGUGCAGAGGGCGGCACCCCUCUGUCGGUGUGGCAGUGCCUGGAUGUGA